CACUUAAGCACGUGGUUGACAGAAAUCACCUUGAAGUUGAAAUAUACGUCAGAUAAAUAAUACGUGUAUUUUGAAAAAUAAAACUAAUACUAAUUUCUGAUUAGUAACAUAAUAAACUUUUUUAAAAAAAUGGAGACAUCUGAUAGUGAGUGCUUUGAGAGUGCAGAUGAAGACUUUUUCUCGGAUAAUGAAGCAGAUAGGAAGGAAGAGAAAAGUUGUGAGAAUAUUCCCCAGAUUGAAAAACUGCAAAAUUUGAACAUAAAUGAAGGCCAGGGGAAACCAAACGUAAUAAAGGAAUCAAUAGACGACAGACAAGCUAGAAAAGAGUUUGUUGGAGAUGUAACAAUUUGUAGUGAGGAAGUAAAUGAGGCAAAAGAAGUAACAAAAAACAAGCAAGUUAAAAACCUGGACCUCAAAUCUAAGUUAGAUACAGAAAAUAAAAAUAUUCUUGAAGAUAAUACUGUAUGCAACUCCAAUGACAAUAAAAGUACUUCAAUUCAUAAUUCAAACAGUAAUGUAAUUACGCAGAAACAUGAACAAAAACAUAUGCUUGACUGUGACAAAAACAAAAAUAAGGUGGAACAUGAGGAUAUCAAAAGCAUUCAUACUAUCAAUGUUGAAGAAUCUAGUCCCAAAGAUCAUAGUGUCAAGCAACUUCAUCAAAUCAAAGAAGAAAUAACAUGUAAAGAAACAAAAAUUACAGAUACUAAAGUUGAUACACUGAUGUGGGAAAAUGAUGGCUGGGACUUUGAUGAUAAUGACAUUAAAGAUGACAAAUGUGAAACAACUGACUGUUCUACAUCUAAUACAGACUCGACAAACACAUUUGAAACUGAAGGCAUAGAUACACAAAACUUAAAUCAGCCCCUGGUAUCCCAGCAAGUGAAAUCAGAUAACCAAAAGCAAACUAUUGAUGUAGAGGAAGAAAAUAUGUGGGAUAAUGAUGAUGACUGGGAGCCCAUAGAGGAAACAAAUAAGCAACCAGAAUCUUCAAAAACUGAAAACCAAUCAAAAAGUCCUACAGAGUCAAAAAGCACAAGUGAUUCCUGGAGCUCUUGGGGUAACUGGGGAGUAUCCUCAAUUUUGACAUCAGCUACACAAGGAGUAUCUACUCUUACAAGUCAUGUUUCACAAGGUCUAAAUACUAUUGUAGAUACUAGCUUAGGAAUCCCUGAUCCUCAGGAGUUAGCAAGAUUACACAAGAGGGAAAAGGAAGAACUUGAAGCUAAAAUCAGAGAAAAUAGCACAGAGCUUCAGCAUGAGGUUGAAAAUAGUAAUACUGGAACAUUAGGAUUUGGACUUGGGAAUCUUGGGAACCUAGUGUCAGGAGUUUCUAAUCUCACCAAACUUGUAGAAACAACAGGUAGCAAAGUUAUCUCAGGUGGUUUAGACACACUAGAAACCAUUGGUAAAAAAACCAUGGAGGUAUUGCAAGAAGGCGAUCCAGGCCUCAAGAAAAAAAGGCAGUUCUUAAAAUUAGAACAAGAAAAACCAAUUUUAUCUCAAGUUCUGCGAGAGGCUAAAGAAAAAGCUGAACAAGAAAAUCGGUCUCUUCAACAAAAGCACAUUGUCAAGAAAAAGAACUAUGAGACAUUAUUUGAUGACCAUCAUGGUUUAGUACACUUGGAAGCUCUUGAGAUGCUAUCCAGGCAGUGUGACUUCAAACUAAAAACUUUGAUGGAAAAUUGUGAUGAUGACAAAUCCUUGAUGGAUCUUCAAGAGACAAUGGAUCAAGUCAAGGAGCUAUGUGAAUUACCUGAUGAAGAUGAUGAAGAACAAGCUACAAUGGAAGAUAUCAAGGAAAAACUUCAAUCAGCAAUAAAAGAGCUAAAUAUUAAGAUUUCCUAUGACAAGUUAUUGUUGACAUGGGAGGAAACAGAAACAUGGUUAAAUACUGUAAAUCUCAAAAUCUGUGAUGAGAAUGAAUUGCAUCAACAAGCUAUAGAAACAUUAGCACAACUCACUGCUAUUGCUGUGGAGCAGUUUCACAAAGCUGGAGAGCUGUUGCUUAUCAAAGAGCACCAUAGUACAGCUGAUGAGGCUGACAGUUUAGUACAGCUGACGACAACCUUAACUUCACUGAUAGGCAUAGUAGCUGGCAAGUUUUCAGACAAACUAAAUGUCAAGGCAUCAGGAAAAAGUAAUGGAGAGGAUAUUAAUGGUCUCAUCACAAAUGUCUUCUUUGAGGCUGCAAACAGUAGCUCUUACAUCCAAGAUGCAUUCCAAUUGCUUAUACCUGUGUUGCAAGUUGGAGCAGUAUAGUAUAAAAUCUUGUCAUAAAAUAGUUUCAUGGGCGAAAAUUAUCACACUUUUUAAUUUGAAUUAUGUCAAACUAGGGAUAAGGUUAAUAUAUAAUAAUGUAUAGGAUUUUAUAUAAUUAUUUAUUGAAAAUAUGUCACUGAACAAUAAAAAAUAUAUGUGUAUUCGUUUACCCUUGGCUUAAUUUAAU